AUUUCUUCAAUACACUUGCUUGGCACCCACAUAAACUUCUUUUUCUCUUCUCUUUAGCUACCAUUCUAAUGGCUUCUAGGUCUGUCUUCAUCGUUCUCGCGGUUCUUUUUCCGACGGUCGCCUUUGCCACGGACUUUAUCGUGGGAGAUGAAGGAGGGUGGACCAUAAAUUUCGAUUAUCAAACCUGGGCAAUGGGCAAAAAUUUUAUGGUUGGAGACAAACUAAUUUUCCAAUAUCCAAAGGGAGUUCAUAAUGUCUUCAAGGUCAAUGGAACUGGCUUUCAGUACUGCACAAAGCCACCAUUGAAGGAAGCUCUAACCACCGGAAACGACACGAUUGUGCUCUCAACGCCGGGGCAGAAAUGGUACAUCUGUGGUGUUGCUCAACACUGUGCUCUUGCGGGUCAAAAACUGGCCAUCACUGUGAACUCUAUGGCACCAGCUCCAAGUGUUUAUCCUUCUAUGACCUAGCUAUGGCCCUUCUCAAGCCAUGCCUUACUCGAGUUUGGCCAAUGGAAUCAUUGUCAAUGUGUUUCACUCUUUCGUGGUGGUGGUGGUUGCAGUUCUGCUGUCUUCUGGGGUUUAGUUUUGAGGUUUUCACACAAGCAUAAAUAAUGUUUGCAUUGAGUUGGUUGCUUAAUUUGGGCAACUACCAGCUCAUUCAUAGUGGUUGCUUUCCUAUAUUAUGUUAGUUUUUGUCAUAAGCAUCACAGGUUUGAGUUAGAAAUGUACUCUCUUAUUCCGUGGGGGCACUCUGAGGAUUCAAAUGACUAGACAGAUU